CCUUGCAAGCACGUCCAAACCGCGCGGAAAACUCGUGUCAACAUGCGUACCCUGAUUGUUCUGUUGGUCGCUGCCGUCCUGCUCUGCCAGGCAAACGCUUUCAUUGAUGAGAUGCUCAGGGAGAAUGUUAACGAUCAACCGAUCGACGAAAGAGAAUGCCGCGACCACUUCAGUUCUAACAUUUGUGGCAACGUGAUCAAGUUGUCGCACUGCAAUCGUAGAACUGGACGCAUGGCCAAGUUCGCCAAGAAAAACUGCAAGAGCUUCUGCGGACUUUGCUGAGAACUGAUGAAAGGGCCCAAAGCAGAGAAAUUACCCGCAUAAACAAGCCAAAUGAACGAGUACAUCAAUUAGUAAUUAGAUGUUGAUUGAUUAUGUUUGUUUUGUGAUUUCAAUAAACAAGGAGCAUUA